AGUCGCAGAUAUGUGUUGGUCUUUGUCCGUUGUUGAAGAGUGAUCUCCCUCUUCUUUUUCAUCCCUCUGAAUUUAGAUUAGCCUGUGAUAUUUGAAAAUCAGCAUUUGUGUAAUCAAAACAAAAAUAAAAAGUCAUCAUGGAUCCUGAAGCAUUUUUAGAAAUUGCAAAUCAAGUGUCAAAAUUAAACAUGUUUCCCUACUUUGAACUUGCUCAUUGUAUAAUAAUGUGUAUGUACGUUAAAGAAGAUUUGCAAGCCGGUGCCCAUCUAUUUUCUCGAAAGCAUCCAUUGGCUUGUUGGGUGUCUUGUAUGUUAUCAAUACAUGGCGGUGCAAUGUUUGCAAGCUUUCUGUUAGGUGAACCUAUUCUUGCAUCAUUAAAGAACACCAAUUCUCUUCUAAUUGCAACAGGAGCAUGGUAUGUCAUUUUCUAUACCCCAUUUGAUUUCGGGUACAAGGUGUUUAAAUUUUUGCCAGUGAAGAUAAUGCUUGCUAUGAUGAAGGAAGUGAUUCGCUGUAAAAAGGUACAUGAUGGCGUAGUUCAUGCAGCAAAAAUUUAUCCCAAUGGGUAUUUGAUUAUGAUCAUAAUCGGUACUAUGAAAGGAAAUGGAACUGCAUUUUUAAAAGUCUUAGAACGAUUGCUUAGGGGUGUAUGGACUCCGAAUGCUGUAGAACUCAUGCAGAUGAGUUUCCCAACAAAGGCUUCCAUUGCUGCUUCAGUCAUAUUUGUUCUAGACAAGAAAACCGAUAUCCUGUCAGCUCCUCACUCUUUGGUAUAUUUUGGCAUUGUUAUAUUCUUUAUUUAUUUCAAGCUCUCAUCCAUGUUGUUAGGAAUUCAUGACCCAUUCGUUCCCUUUGAAAAUCUCUUCUGUGCCCUAUUCUUCGGAGGUAUUUGGGACACACUUGCAAGACUGCUUACUCCUGCCAGUAAAGGGGAUCAGACAUCUGUAAAAGGUGAUACUGCAAAAAAUGGAAAAACAGAUUCUGCUUAAGAAAAAGGAGUGAAAAGCUCUUAAUCUGACAUUGAGCCUUUAAAAGAACUCUAAAGCACAAUUGUUCAGCAUUUUCACAGCAAGUUGACAUCUGAAGUUUUUUUAAUCUCCCUUUAUAAUAAAUAUUAAGAUUGAGUGACUGAUAAUAUUUUGAAUGGAACUACAGAGAAGUGCUGCUUGAUGUGAAAUUAAAGGAAAUAGAUAAAUUGUUCUAAUAAAGACUUCAUAUUUAUUUGUAUGUAGUUUAUUAGGUGUCCAUGUGUUUGAAAUAGUUUUGUGAAUAUCAUUACAGAAAUUUUUAAGUUUUUUUGUUUUGUAUUUCAACUGGUAUUGCUCAUAAUAACAUCAAACUUCCAGCUUGUCUUAAUGUUAUAUUUAUUAAUAAAAAUUGUUAUUAUUAUUCAGUUCUUUAUGUUUUUGUUCCUAAAUGUAUAUUUUCUGUAAACAAACCAAAAAUGUAAGAUAUAUUUAUUUUCUGAUUUGGGUAUUUUAUCAUUUUAGUUUUGAAAUAUUGCCAUCAUUAUUUAUUUUGCUGUAAUUUGUGUUUUGUAAUAAAUCUAGUCAAUAGAAAUAUAUUCAGUACAAGUUUAGGUACAGAAAACAUUAUGUAGGUUAAUAGAGUGACAAAUUUAAAUAAGUGAUGCACAUUUUCAUGUAAAUCAAAUUGGUUGGUCACAAAUAAUUGACUUUCCAACUGCCUUAACUAGUUACUUAAAUAUUUAAUCUUUUUCAUAUUUUAGUUAAACUAUUUUAUAUAGAUAAUAUUCAGUGCUUUUUAUGUCUGGAUACCUUAUUUUAAAUUUUUAUGUCUAAAUAUUUUAUUACAAGUUUUUAUAUCUGGUUAUAUUAUUUAAAAUUUUUAAUGUGUGGUUGUUAAAUAUUAGACCAAAGUGCACUCAUUUGGAAAACAUUUUGUGUCUUGUGCUGAUAUGCUGUAACAUCACAUACUUUAACUUGUGUGAAAAUUUUACAAGAGCAAUAAAACAAAGAAAAAUAAUACAUGUUGUUUUUAACAUUUUAAGUUUCUAUAUGCAACACUUAAUUCUCCAAAGUGUUUUGGAUUGUUUUAAAUUCUGUGCUUAAGUACUAUAAUUUGUUGAAGUCUCACUGUGAAGUUACGAUUUUUUGAAUUAUCAUGUAUGUUAUUUCCUGAUUUUAAAACACAUUUCUUUCACUGUAUAUAUAAAAAUAACAAAACAAAUUAAAAAGACACUAAGUUUAGUCUUUAAUAUUUGAUCAGAUAUCAUGAUUUAAGUGUCAAUAUAGUAUUCUAGCCAUUUCAAAAAUCUUACUGUAUCAAAUGCAUCCUUAUAUGUAGUGAAAUUAAUUUAGACGUUUUGUUUUUUAAUUGGAAAAUAACAAUAAAAUUCUAGAAAAUCUUUUUAUAUUUUUGCCUUCUUUAACAGUGUAUGUUUAUUAAAAAUAUCUGCUUUUAUGAAUAACUAUUUUUGUAUUUUGAAUUAAUCAACCUUAUUAAUUUCAUUUUAAAAUCUUAUUAAUUUCUUUUUUUUUUUUUAAUUUUUUUCAUUUGAUGCUCUUGGGCCAUAUGUAAUCCAAUAUAGUUUUACAAUAAAUAUACAUAAGAUGCGUGUGCUCAUCCCUAAGUGAGGGUGGAAAUGGACAUUGUGUUACAACGGGACUUAAGUUAAAAGAUUGUUAAAACCUAUCUUUUUGGUUUAAAUUGGAUUUCUCCAAAUCUCAGUAACUUGGUAAUGUAUCUGACAAUAUUAAUUUGCAGGUUUUAACAGAAAUAGUUGCUGCAUAAUUAUAUUUAAAAAAUUCUGUAGUUUUAUUAUCAUUUUCCUUUUUUAAUAAUUGAUUUCUGGAAAUGAAAUUGCAUUUUGUUUAUUAAACAAUAAAAAGUGAUUCUCACCUGUAUUUCUUAUUUUUUCCUUCCCCUCCUUUUUUUUAAUAAGAGUAAUUUACAAAGAAAUAUUUCUUGUUCAUUCGAUACCCACUUGGGGACAAGUUUGUGUAGAAUCAUGAAGAGGAGAUAAAUGUAUUUCUUAGCAUACACCUCCAGUAUAGUUACCCAGCAUGCCAUCUUAAUUUUGAUUGAGAACAUUUUGAGAAUCAAUACCCAAAGGUCUUAUAUCCAUCUUCCUCUUUCAUCAACUAGACAAAAUGACUUUUUAAUAUCAACUGAAUUCGAUGCAGUGCACACGAUGAUUACAGUCAUUCAGAGUUAUCUUGUAAUUCAAAUCCAAACUAUAACUAAAGUUAUUGCAUCUUAUCAGCUAAAUCAGUUGGCAAGUACUUAUUAAUAUCCGUGAUAAAUGGGAAAUAAGGGCAUCCCUUUUCUUAGGCAGAUAGUAUGCAUUGCUGUAAAUAAACAAUUCAAUCCAAUUUAUGUUUUUUGUAAUUGAUAGGUAUUUAUCAUGUAAAUGUUAAAAAAUAAAAAUUUGGCAUUUUGCACAUUAAUCCCUUGAUCGGAUUUUUUUUUUUUUUUAAUUUGACCCAAAGAAAGCAUUUUUUUAAAUUGCUGAAAAUUAAUAUAUGUUUUGUCCUAAAUUCGAACAUGCAAAAUAUUUUUGACAGCAGUUUUUGAAGUUCUUACAGAUCAAAUAUGGGAUAUCCUGUCUAUUUACUGAUCACCAGUUUUCCCAGCAAUGCACCCAAGUAUUAAAUUUUGAAAAAAAUAUGUUAUAUUUAUGAAUUCUAUUGUUUUGAUGUGUUUACUAUGAAUGUCUAUAUAAAAAUAUUAAAAUUAUGUAAAAAACGGUUUUCCAACCUUAUCAUUAAAAUAGCUUUGCAACUUGCCUUGGACAUGAAAAUCACAUUUAUCACAAAAACAAAAUAAUUUAUUUAAUAAAAAAAAUAAUUUGGCUAUGAAUAUAAAAAAUAUCUAGAAUGUUUUUUUUUUUUUUUUUAGUUGAUAUUCUAACAGAAAUCACACGGAUAUUCAAUAACAGAUAUUCAAGGCAGGAAAGCUCACUGUGAAAAUUGUGAAGAAACUAGGACCAGUUGCACUAUCUCUUAGCAAUAUUCAGAAACACAUAAGUACUCAUGGAAUUUAAAGCUAUGAAUUCAGUUUCAACGAUGGAAUUUUUCUCUUCAUCGCAUGGCGUGUGACGCCAACAGAGAAGGGAUUUAAGGUGAUUUAUCAUGCAUAUUUUUAGAAUAAUUUUUCAUUAAAAUUUAAAGGAAAAGGGCACAUCAUUAAACUUAAAAAUUCUGCACUGUGAAUUAUCUGAAUGGGAUCAGAUUUCCCCUCACUGUAUUUUUGUUUCACAAGUGCACAUUAUAAUUAAAAAUUCUGAAUAAUUAUACGAUGAUUAGUUAUUGAAUUUGCUACAUAAUAGUAUUGUAUAAUUUCAAUGCUCUUAUGAUAAAUAUCAUUUGUCAUUUGUGAAUAAGAUAUGUAAUACUAUAAUUAAGUUAGAAAAUAAAGGUAACUUUAAUGCAAAA